UGGACUCGGGCGGCGGAGAACGCGUCCCUGCUCCAUCAGCUGUCGCAACCGCCGCGCCCGAGCCGAGCGGGAGCCACGAUGAGCGGCAGAGUCGGCGACCUGAGCCCCAAGCAGGAGGAGGCCCUGGCCAAGUUUCGGGAGAAUGUCCAGGAUGUGCUGCCCACCUUGCCGAAUCCUGAUGACUACUUCCUCCUGCGCUGGCUCCGAGCAAGAAGCUUUGACCUGCAGAAGUCAGAGGCCAUGCUCCGGAAGCAUGUGGAGUUCCGGAAGCAAAAGGACAUUGACAACAUCAUCAAGUGGCAGCCCCCAGAGGUGAUCCAACAGUAUCUGGCAGGGGGCAUGUGUGGCUACGACCUGGACGGCUGCCCUGUCUGGUACGAUAUCAUUGGGCCUCUGGAUGCCAAGGGGCUGUUGUUCUCAGCCACCAAACAGGACCUGCUCAGGACAAAGAUGCGGGACUGUGAGCUGCUGCUGCAGGAGUGUGUCCGGCAAACAGCCAAGGUGGGGAAGAAGGUAGAGACCAUCACGAUGAUUUAUGACUGUGAGGGGCUUGGCCUCAAGCAUCUCUGGAAGCCAGCCGUGGAAGCCUACGGAGAGUUCCUCUGCAUGUUUGAGGAAAAUUAUCCUGAAACGCUGAAGCGUCUUUUUGUUGUGAAAGCCCCCAAGCUGUUUCCUGUGGCCUAUAACCUCAUCAAACCUUUCCUGAGCGAGGACACGCGCAGGAAGAUCAUGGUCCUGGGAGCAAACUGGAAAGAAGUUUUACUGAAACACAUCAGUCCUGACCAGCUGCCUGUGGAGUAUGGGGGCACCAUGACUGACCCUGACGGGAACCCCAAGUGCAAAUCCAAGAUCAACUUCGGGGGUGACAUCCCCAAGAAGUACUACGUGCGAGACCAGGUGAAGCAGCAAUACGAACACAGCGUGCAGAUCGCCCGCGGCUCCUCCCACCAAGUGGAGUAUGAGAUCCUCUUCCCCGGCUGUGUCCUCAGGUGGCAGUUUGCAUCAGAUGGGGCCGACAUCGGCUUCGGGAUCUUCCUGAAGACCAAGAUGGGGGAGCGGCAGCGGGCGGGCGAGAUGACAGAGGUGCUGGCCAAUCAGCGCUGCAACGCCCACAUGGUGCCCGAGGACGGGACUCUCACCUGCAGUGAUCCGGGCAUCUAUGUCCUGCGCUUUGACAACACCUACAGCUUCAUUCAUGCCAAGAAGGUCAGUUUCACGGUGGAGGUCCUGCUUCCAGACAAAGCCUCCGAAGAGAAGAUGCAACAGCUGGGGGCAAUCACCCCGAUGUAACACCUCCAUCCCACCCCAGGCCUGGCCCCCCACUGUGUCUCCCAGUCGAUUUCCAACCCUGGCAGCAGUCAUUUUUACUAGCACCCUGCAGCUCAGACAGUGGGAUGGAGGAAAGGCAUCAGGCUGGAUGUGGGGAGCUUUCAUGUCAGAAUCAGGGAGAGGGACAGUGGCUGGAGUGGCUCUCCUUGCUGCCCAAAUGGUCCAGCCAUCCCAGGGGUUGGGCAGCAUGACGACAGGACCAAACGGUCUCCUAAGUUGUGCCAACUUCACCCACCCCAUGACAGCUACGGCAGGGAGUGGGGGGGACCUUGGGGUGAUAGCAGGGAAACAAAGAUAGGGGAGAAACUGCAACCUAACAUUUAAGGGGAGCCAGCUGCAGGGAGGAGCUUGUUCCUACAUGAACGUGUAAUUCUAGAUCUUAAUGAGUAGCUCGUUAGCCAGUUGCUAGAAUUAUGGUUGGGCUCAGAGCCUUCCCAGCACCGAGGCCAGGAUAGCUCUGGUUUUUCUCAGGUUGGGGGAGGUGGCCCGAGUCCACAUUGAUCUUCCCACUCAGGGGCAGAUGAACAGGCUCCCUCUGUCACCCCAAGGAUGCCAGCCACCCCUGGCUGACUCCUUCAUGAUUCAUUGCUGUUCACUCAGGGCUUCCCGGGGCAGCGAGCCACUGUCCACCAUGCAAACAGGGGUCAGGGGAAAUUACAGGGCACAGGAGUCCCAGCCUAGGGAGAAGCCAGGGAGGCUGGGGUGCCAGUGUACCCCUGAACCUUCCAUUUCCCUCUCCUCUAGAAGCCCUCCUUCUGAGCACCCUAGACAGAAAUGACACACAGGAACAAGACAAUAGCACACACACAGGGCACUUCCCAGUUUGGGUCUCCUGGGGUGGCUGGCCCUGUUGCAAGGGAUAGGCAGGCUUGAGUGGAGAGAACCUCCUGGAUGGGCCACGUAGGGAGGCUGGUCCUGCACGAGGCCAAUGGCUGGGCCUGCGUCUGACGGGGCCGGGGCCGGGGGUG